AUGGGAUCACUCUCUAAAGACCUUGCAUUCACCACGAGUGUCCAGAAAGAUGGGAAUCCUUCGUCGCAGCUUCAUGCCGGGGACCUUCUCGAAAAUGACGUUGGCGACGAAGCAUUGGCGCGGAAAAUCCAUCUUGUGAACGAUGCGAAUGACGAGAUCGGAUGGACCACGUUUCACUGGAAACUCUUCUUCCUCAAUGGCAUGGGAUAUGCUGUGGACUCCGGCCUCACCUUUGUGCAGGGGGUUACUGCAAGCCAGGUCUUCCUUGAGCUUGGCAAACCAUCCUACUACUCAAAUGCCGGAGUCGUGGCGCAGAAUGUAGGACUGACUAUCGGUGCACUCUUUUGGGGUCUCACAGCCGAUAUCAUAGGCCGGAAGCUGUCCUUCAACCUAACCCUGUGGAUCACAUCUCUCGCCAUGGUUGUGACCGGCGCCAGUCCUAAUUUCCCGUUUCUUUGCAGCUUCUUGGCUAUAUCAACGUUCGCAAGUGGCGGAAACUUGAUUCUUGACCCGACAGUGCUACUUGAGUUCCUGCCAGGCAAUAAGCAAUGGGUUGUGACCGCUCUUGCUGGCUGGUGGGGGCUAGGCCAGGCCACUGUCUGUUUCAUUGCUUGGGGAUUUCUAACUAAGGACCGCUUGAAUUGCACUAGUGAGGAUGACUACUGUGGGUGGUCUAACAACGCUGGCUGGCGUUAUGUCAUGUUUACCACCGGCAGCGUCGUGUUUGCCAUCUCAAUCCUGCGCUUGACCGUUGUGCGGCUGGUGGAAACGCCGAAAUAUUUGCUCAAUAAGGGUCGUGAUGCAGAAGUCGUGAAAUAUUACCAAGAUGCUGCUCGAAAGUAUAACAAGGAAUGUUCUCUCACUUUGGAGAAGCUACAGGCUUGCGGGAAGAUCGACUUGAAGUCACAGGAUCAAACUUCACUUUUGAGUGAGACAAUUGGUCAUGUCAAAGGCCUCUUUGUGUCUCGCAAGAUGGCUACAACCACCAUUCUUAUUUGGAUCUCCUGGGCAAUCAUGGGCCUAGCAUAUCCUUUGUUCUACGUCUUCCUACCUGCGUAUCUGUCAACACGAAUUCCGGACAGGGCUACCUCAUCAUACGAGACAUAUAGGGACACGACAUUGACUACAAUCUGUGGCAUUCCGGGUGCUCUUCUUGCUGGAUACCUUGCCAGCACAAAGCUAGGACGCAAAUACACCAUGCUUAUCGGAGCCUUUUGCGGCAUGGCUUUGUUCUUCGGUCUCACCGGCAUCAGGACUUAUGAGCAAAACGUUGGCCUUUCGUGCACUAUAUCUUUUCUCAUUAACAUUUAUUACGCCACCCUCUACGCCUACACAGCGGAGGUACUUCCUUCAGCACACCGCGCAACGGGAAGCGGAAUAGCCGUGUCUUACAACAGGAUUAUGGGUAUUGUUUCGGCCUUUGUUGCUUCAUCCGGAAACACAGCUACGGCGGUACCCCUUUAUGUGUGCGCAGCGCUAUUUGGCGGCUUGGGCUUGAUAGCCGCUGUAUUUCCUUUCGAACCCAAUGGUCAACGCAGCUCGUAG